AGUAAUUAUUCUUGCAAGCAAGUCCACAGUCACAGAUUUGGAUGUACUCAGUGGCUGCAAAAGAAUUCGAAGGGAAAGGAAGCAUAAGUACGACCCAGAUUAGAAAAUACUUCCAUAUUUGUACAAUACGACUGGAAGGACGAGGCGCCUUCAUGCUUCGCAGCUGAAGGGGCAAGUCAGACUCCUCCUGGGUGUGAGUACCACAGACUAAAUCUUCCCUUUGUUAAAUUAGAGCAAACCUGUGCUGCCAGCUACCACAGCCAACUGCCACAUCAGCAAAGACUAAACCUGGCCAGAGGAGCUUCUAAGCAAGAAAUCACAUUUUCUAGGGUUUGGAAGAGUCAGUAUGUUGGAUCAGAUUCACCUGCUUGCUGCUGUGACAGUCCUGGGAGUCCUGGAGCAAGCCUACUUCUUCCUCCAGGUGAUCUAUGCUAGGAGGUUGUUUGGCAUUUCACCUCCAAAGACCUCAGGCCCACCUGAAUUUGAGAGGGUCUUUCGAGCACAGGUGAACUCCUCUGAGUAUUUUCCAAUUUUCCUGGCACUUCUGUGGCAGGCUGGACUCUUCUUCCAUCAAGGUCUGGCUGCAGCUUUGGGUCUGCUCUAUCUCUACUCCCGCUACUGCUACUUUACAGGAUACAGGGCAUCAUCUUCAGAAAGGCUCACCCCGAUAUACUUUUCCACUGGAGUUCUCUGGAUUCUCGUUGGAGCGUCAGCCCUGGGUAUCCUGCAUUCCUUGCUCUCUCACUACGUGGGGCUGAACGUCCUCCAACUUCUCACAGCGUGACCCAGUCCUCUGUCCCUCAUCAGCGUCCUCACCUUGGAGUUCUGCUCCCUCCUGCACUCCGUUACAGACUGGCUGCAACUCACACAGCCCCCAGCAACAAAUCCACCCUCAUCUGAGCUUUUAUCACCUCCCUUCUCGCUGCCCAGCACCAGCACGAACUGCUGAGCUCUUCAGGAGGUAUUUUUCCCCCGUGGCACUUCUGUGUGCCAAGUGCUCCAUAUCUGGCAGCUCCAUCAUGCGAAACACCAACGAUCCAAAACAAGGAGAGUUUUAGGAAAGCUGGACACAUAAAAGCAAACUCUUCUCAGUCUGAGUUUCACAGUGAGCUUCCCCAGGGAAUGGCCAUGUGUUCCCUGUUCUCCAACAGCCCUGCCUGCAGCCAGGGCACUGAACACAGAUUCAUGCCAGUUUGCCGAGGCCCACACCUAUUAAAGGCAUUUGUUUGGAAUUCAGUGUGGGCUGCGGCAUAACAAAAGAGGUGAGGGGUAAACAGGAGCAGCCACCAACAUGUUGUGCAAAGGUCUGUUAGUGCCUUCAUGCUGCUCAUCAGCCACUGCCUAUGAGACUGCACAAACUCAUCACUGCUGCGUGUGUGACUUCCAACACUGCUUGGCAACAAGGUGCACAAUUAAAAAGUCACUGAAGUUGCUGUUCUAGGUGUCUCUUUGUGAGUCUGCAGCUAGCAGGGAACAGCAACAUGAGUGUUUGAAUGCAAGGUGGCUGCCUUGGUUUCCCUGAUGUGCAGUCCAACACAGCCUGCAACCUUGUGUGCCACAAGAGGAGAGCUCUGAGGAGGGAGAAGCUGAUUUUUGGAGAUGCUGAGCUCACCGAUUGGAUGCUGAGCUGCUCAGCACCAAGAAAUGUUUUCCACUGGGUGGUUUGCACAGUGCUCAAGUCCCACCUGCAUCAGGAAGGGCUGG